UCCUCAAGCCUCUAACAGCUCUGUGUGAAUGAAGUGGAGCUCACUCGCAGAGCAGUGCUGAGCACAGUACCCCCGUCUGCUCCUCCUUCCUCAGCAGUCCAUGUGCCCUUCACCAAACCUCAAGAAAAGCCUCAGAGCUCAUCCGCUGGCCCGGGAUUACUGACCAGCUGGCCCACACAGCCCAAAGCGGAUCUGCAGUGCCCUGAAUGAACUGCCACAGGCUUUCCAUCAGUUCUUGCGGGAGGUCGAAACGUUGACACAAGUUGUGGAUCUCGCACCCACUGUCAUGAUACCCAGUGAGCUGAGGGUGAGUCUGACUUCCCCAACGUUCCCUGAUCAGAAUUCCAGAGUGAAAAUGUCAGUCAGCAUACAUGAAAACCGGAAGUCCAGGGCCAGUACUGGCUCAAUGAACAUAUACCUGUUUCACAAGUCUUCAUAUGCAGACAAUGUCCUUACUCACCUCAACUUACUACGCCAGCAAUGUCUCUUCACAGAUGUCUUACUGCUGGCAGGAAACAGGUCCUUCCCUUGCCACCGUGCUGUCCUUGCCGCUUGCAGUCGCUACUUCGAAGCCAUGUUCAGUGGUGGACUUAAAGAGAGUCAAGCCAAUGAGGUGAAUUUUCACAGUGCCAUCCAUCCCGAGGUUCUGGAACUUCUCUUGGAUUAUGCUUACUCAUCAAGAGUCAUCAUCAAUGAAGAGAAUGCAGAGUCUCUCCUUGAAGCUGGGGAUAUGUUAGAAUUUCAGGACAUCAGAGAUGCUUGUGCAGAGUUUUUGGAGAAGAACCUUUACCCUACCAACUGCUUAGGGAUGCUGCAACUUUCCGAUGCUCAUCAGUGCACUAAGCUUUACGAACUGUCUUGGAGAAUGUGUCUUUCUAAUUUCCAAACCAUCUGUAAAACAGAAGACUUUCUCCAGCUCCCUAAAGCAAUUGUGAUACAGCUGUUGUCCCAUGAAGAGUUGGAAACCGAAGACGAGCGAAUGGUCUAUGAAUCUGCUAUGAACUGGAUAAACUAUGACCUAAACAAGAGACACUGUUAUUUAUCCGAAUUGUUGCAAACUGUACGAUUAGCUCUGCUACCUGCUAUCUAUCUCAUGGAGAAUGUAGCUAUGGAGGAACUUAUCAUCAAACAGAAAAGUAGCAAGGAGCUAGUAGAAGAAGCCAUCCGGUGCAAGCUUAAAAUAUUGCAAAAUGAUGGUGUAGUCACAAGCCUGUGCGCAAAACCCCGUAAAACUGGUCAUGCCCUGUUUCUCCUUGGUGGACAGACUUUCAUGUGCGAUAAACUUUACCUCGUAGAUCAAAAGGCAAAAGAGAUUAUACCCAAAGCCGACAUACCAAGCCCUCGAAAAGAAUUCAGUGCUUGUGCAAUUGGCUGUAAAGUCUACAUCACUGGUGGAAGAGGUUCUGAGAAUGGCGUUUCAAAAGACGUUUGGGUGUACGAUACACUCCAUGAGGAGUGGUCAAAGGCUGCUCCCAUGCUUGUAGCACGGUUUGGACACGGUUCUGCAGAACUUAAGCACUGUUUGUAUGUAGUAGGUGGACACACAGCAGCCACUGGCUGCCUUCCCGCUUCCCCUUCGGUGUCUUUAAAACAAGUGGAACAAUAUGACCCAGCAACCAACAAAUGGACCAUGGUUGCUCCUCUUCGGGAAGGUGUGAGCAAUGCAGCUGUAGUCAGUGCAAAACUCAAACUGUUUGCUUUUGGAGGGACUAGUGUAAGCCAUGAUAAAUUGCCCAAGGUUCAGUGUUAUGAUCCAUCCGAGAACAGAUGGUCAGUACCAGCCACAUGCCCUCAGCCGUGGCGAUACACAGCAGCAGCUGUUCUGGGAAAUCAGAUUUUUAUCAUGGGUGGAGAUACAGAGUUCUCAGCCUGUUCAGCUUACAAAUUUAACAGUGAAACGUAUCAGUGGACUAAGGCUGGAGAUGUGACAGCCAAAAGAAUGAGCUGUCAUGCUGUAGCAUCUGGUAAUAAACUGUUUGUUGUUGGUGGCUAUUUUGGGAUUCAGAGGUGCAAAACUCUGGACUGUUACGACCCAACCCUUGAUGUGUGGAACAGCAUAACUACAGUACCUUACUCCCUAAUCCCCACAGCAUUUGUCAGCACUUGGAAACAUCUGCCGUCUUAAAGAACAAUGGCACGAUACCGGAGCUCAGCUGUGAAGACUCUGGGCCAUCUCUUAAAUGGAGGAGAAUAGACUUUACUGGUUUGAAAGCGGUUGCCGGCAUCCUGUAAAUUUUAACAUUUUGUAGCCAAAGCUGCUGAAUCCUUUGGCACCGAAAAAAAACAAAACAAAACAAUCUGGAUCGUAAGGGAGCAAAAAACCCCCAAACUCUAUAAAUUGUGUUCUAAAUAUCAGUAUUAACUGCAUUUGAGAAGUGGAAUCUUUGACAGAUAAGAAUUGCAUGGUUUCUAACAUUGGUAGCGUUUUAAAAGGAAACAAACUCUGUGUCACAUGGAAGACAAAACUUGGAUCCAUCUGGACAGAUCUCUAUGGCAAUGACUGCCACCUAAAUGCAGAAUAACUCGUAAUGUCGGCACCGGCUGCAGGGGAAGCUUGCGGGUUCCAAACCGCAAAAUGUCACGAUGCAUCAAUUCCAACUGCAUAUCGCUUGCAAACAAAACUGCACAGACUGGGAAGGGAACACUGCAGGGUGUUUAUUUACCCUUUGGGUUCCAGAGAAAAGUCCUGCUCUAAUGCAAAGCUUUCCUCUGCCGCUCAAAAGGUCAAUCAGAGCAUACGCACACAUCAACAUUUUGUAAACCACUAUUGUAAUUUAAAAAGAAACUGUGAAAGAACAUGCUAUGUCUUACUCUCAAACCCCAUUGCCAUUUCAAUCGCCUAUUUGUAUAUUUGUACUGACCGUCUCAUUUUUAUUUUUCGUUGCAUUCCACAUUGUGUCUAUACAAUGGUCCUGUGCUGUCUGCAUGCCAAUACAAUGCGUGUCGCUGUAUUCACA